AUGGCUUACGUGCUGUCACUCCGACCCCAUAGCCCGCUCAAGCGAUCUUUCAGCGAUAACCCCUACCUGCAAUGCUCGCCUCUGAAGGAGCCGCUCCUUGGACCGCUCGGCGACAUCACAGCCCGCAAUGCCUCUGCGUGUUCGCUAUACUCUCUGCGAUCCAACAGAGUUGGCAGCUGGGCCAUGGGAAGCGAGAACACGCCGCCUCUGACCUCACAGUCUCUGCUCAACCUGGUACCCGAAAGCAACAACAGCACCUUGGGUAUGAGCCUAUGGAAGAACACGACGGCCACCUUGAUGACUCGGAGCUUUUUGAUCUGUAUGAAGCCAUCCAAGUUCCAUUGCCCAAAGGCCGCUUCUCCGACAACACUGCCAGUGAGCCAUACGUGGAAGAAGAAGAAGAAGAAGAAGAAGAAGAAGAAGAAGAAGAAGAAGAAGAAGAAGAAGAAGAAGAAGAAGAAGAAGAAGAAGAAGAACAAGCAUUCCGAGUCCGUGUCUUCUUCCAUGGGUGGCGUACUCACCAUGAAGUCUGCCUCCAUGACGGCAGCCAGCGCAAGCAUUGCACCACAUUCUGAAUCAGGCUUCCAAGGUAGAGCCAGGAUUGGUAACCGAGGCAGCCAUUACUCGGAUGUCAGAAGAUCUCUAGACAGUCAUCCUGGCCCGCUUGGACCUGUCAUUGAUGAAACUGCGUGGCUUCGAUCUCUUCAGCGUCGGAAGAUCGUUGAGGAGUUGAUUGCUUCAGAGGAGGGCUACAUCUCCGAUCUUAAGGUUUUGAUCAAUGCAAAUCGUCGACCACGAGGACUGGUGACGGACACUAAAACCAUCGGAAGCAUCGCUAAGAUUUUCAACAAACACAUGAAACGUUUCUUCGCAUACGAGGAAUAUGGCGCGCACUGGACCACAAUGUCAAGCGACCUCAACAACAUGUGUAAAGGUCUGCAUGGUUGGCAAGAAUACGAGCGUGGCGUCGAGGCACUGCAAAAGGUCAUCGCCUCAGAGAAUAACCGCGAAGCCGGUAGCAAGAAGGCGUUGAGUUUCUCCGACUUGUUGAUCAAGCCGAUUCAGAGAGUUUGCAAGUAUCCUCUACUCUUCGACGACUUGUGCCGCAAUACGCCUGUCUAUGACGACCCGGAAGCGCACGCCGAGCUAGAGAAGGCUCUUUUCCGGCUGCAAGAGACAAUCCGAGAAGUGAACAAGGCCAAAGAUGAUCCAAAGACCCGACGCUUGAUUGAGAUCACUUGGCAAUUGCAGGAUCGCCUUGUUUUCCAAGAGCAGACACUCUCGCGCGCACUGGUCUUUCGUCUGCUUGGGCAUGUCUUGCUUUGCGGCGUAUUGCACGUCGCAUUCCAGACACCCGAGCCACGUAUCAAGGGGCAGUACAUGGUGUGCGUUCUCUACAAGUCCUGUCUCGUCCUUGCAACAUCUAGUCGCUUCCAUACGCCCUACACCGUGGUCGCCUCGAUCGGACUUGCAAAUGGCAGCAUUGAAGAAUCGGACAAUGGUCGAGGUGUACAGUGUCAUACAGCUACACACACUUGGAAGCUUGUUUUCGAACACAAUCAUCGAUUGCAUGAAAUCAUCUUUAGUGCAUGCUCUACACAGGAGGAGGGAGUCUGGAAGACGCAAUUACGUGAGCGCAUUGUUUGCGAGACGCACAACUACGUCGAGGGCCCAUCCCCUGUACAAGACAUGUUCUCAUACUUGUCGCUGGACAUCAAGUCCCUCGGGCCUGUCUUUGGACACGCCAACAGCCUGGUGCGGCGAAUGUCAGUACAUCGAGCAGCGACUCUCGGCGCAAAGAACAACACAAGCCAGAUCAUCAUCAAGAACACACAAGCACAAAAGUCGCUAGACGCGCCACCGACCUUCUCGCCCAGCACCGUAACGCGCUCGCAAUCGCUUAUGUCAGCCAACCACGUGCCCACGUUAGCACCCCGGAGAGCUGAGCGCAUUCGUCUGGAAGCCAUAAUGGAGGAUGUAUGGACCAAGGACAUGCUGCCUUUUCCUGGCAUGUCGAACCGACGAGUUGAGAACCAAAUCCGCGCUUCGGCAAAUUCUGUCAUGCGCAAACUCAGCAUGGCAAGCAUUGCCAGCAACUUUUCUCGUCGCUCGCCCAGCUUCUCCAGCGUGAGCAAUGCACGCUCCGAUGAUUCCUUUGGGAGUCGCGUGCACAAGAUGUCACAAGGAAACUUACGGGCUCGAUCUGCAAACGAACGUCGACCUGCACCUGCUGUUGUGGACUUUCAUACUGCGCCAGCUGCAUUCCUGCCGACUGAUUUUGAGAUUGAGGAUGCCAGGCCUUCCAGCCGUCGACGUCGUCUGGCCAAUCGCGCCACUGGCAACGAGCGCUCGAGCGAGAAGAACACGCCUGCAAGACCGAAGCGUGUACGAAGACUUUCGACGCACAUCAUGAGCCUUCCACGCUCGGAAUCGAGUAUGCGUGUAGUGGAUCGGUCCAUUUCUCACGGUUCAAACACGACUGUUCAACGGCCAUCGGAGCCACUUGCAGACAUUGGACCGAACGGGGAGAACGAGAGGCACAAGAGGAAGGAAGCAAGAGAUAUAAGUCCACGCAGUCAGCACCCGUCGAAGAAGUACAUCAAAAGCAAGAGCAGAAUCUUCAAGUUUUGGAUAUGA